GAGCUUUUCGUGAAGAUAACCAACCAAGAACAGACUGCGCUCGUGAUUAUGCACAUUUGAGGCGUCGGGUGAGAGUUGUGUCAACGAAUAAUCGCGGUAUUAAGUUCAACUUACACGCCAGAAUGGAUAGAUUGUUACGAUUAGGCGGUGGAAUGCCGGGUUUAAAUCAAGGCCCACCACCUUCUGACGCACCUGUUGUGGACACAGCUGAGCAGGUGUACAUAUCAUCUUUGGCUCUCUUAAAAAUGCUUAAACAUGGUCGCGCUGGAGUGCCAAUGGAAGUGAUGGGUUUGAUGCUUGGAGAAUUUGUUGACGAUUAUACUGUUCGUGUUAUCGAUGUUUUUGCUAUGCCGCAAACAGGAACGGGUGUCAGUGUUGAAGCAGUUGAUCCAGUGUUCCAAGCAAAAAUGUUGGACAUGUUGAAGCAGACUGGUCGACCAGAAAUGGUAGUUGGGUGGUAUCAUUCUCAUCCUGGAUUUGGGUGCUGGCUGUCAGGAGUCGACAUCAACACCCAACAAUCUUUCGAGGCUCUCAGUGAAAGAGCUGUAGCAGUUGUCAUCGAUCCUAUACAAUCGGUGAAAGGAAAAGUCGUUAUUGAUGCAUUUAGAUUAAUCAAUCCAAACAUGAUGGUUUUGGGACAAGAACCGAGGCAGACCACGUCGAAUUUAGGUCAUUUGCAGAAACCGUCCGUUCAAGCUCUGAUACAUGGAUUGAAUCGACAUUACUACAGCAUUAGCAUUAAUUAUCGUAAAAAUGAACUCGAGCAGAAGAUGCUGCUGAAUUUACAUAAAAAAACCUGGAUGGACGGUCUUACCCUUGCUGAAUACUCAGAACACAGUCGUCUCAAUGAAAAUAUUGUUUCAGAAAUGCUUGAACUCGCGAAGAACUACAACAAGGCUUUAGAAGAAGAAGAGAAGAUGACGCCUGAACAAUUAGCCAUAAAAAAUGUGGGCAAGCAAGAUCCAAAACGGCAUCUCGAAGAAAAGGUCGAUGCUCUAAUGGCUACAAAUAUUGUUCAAUGUUUGGGAGCUAUGCUCGAUACAGUUGUAUUCAAAUAACCGUGUUUCUUUACGUUCAAAACCUGGUAUUUAAAAAAGAAAAUAUACAUCUUUUUAAAAUAGAAAUAUGAUGCAUUCCUAAUUGUCUCACCAACAAACAAUAUGUGUGUGAUAAAUUUUAAAUUUUAUUAAAAAUGUCGCUUUAUAUAAAUUUGAUUUUUGGUCUGCGAAGUAAUUUUUGCGAAUCGUAGAUUGAGACACGUAAAUGCUUUUACAAACACAAAGGAUUGUACAAUAUCUAGAUGAUAACACAAUUCAUUUGUAUAUAAAAAUAGCUCAUCUUGAAUAUUAUUAUGGAAGUCAGAUUGUGAUACACCAGAAUAUCUUGGGAUAUUAUAUCUCUGACGGUAUAUUUAUCAUUGCUUAUUUUAUAGCAAUGAUUUGUGCAAAACUAUAAAACAGAAAACCACAUAUCUUUUAUCAAAAAAUACAUCAGUGUAUCUCAUAUAAAACUAGUUCUUCCUUUUCAUAAUUAAAAUAUAAAUGUAUAAUAAAUCUUCUUAUUUCAACAAGUUACUAAAUAAGAAAAAUAAUUCAAAUUGAUAAAAGUAACAGUAUAUAAAUGCAAGAAAUGUAAAAAGUAGCAAAAUUCACAGAUUUUAGUUUUUGCUCGAAACAUAAAAGCGUAGAAUUCGAGGAGUUACUGUACGCGAAGUAAAAUAUCGUCUGUAUCAAACUUUAAAAAAAAAAAA